AUGAUCGUAGAGGCGAAGUUCAUUGCAUCUGUUGUUGAAGAAUAUGGACCGUGUAUGUCCUCUCCCAAAAUAAGAGUUACCUCCUUUUUCAGGAAAUAUCUGACCAGAGGCCAGACCUCCUGCAAGGCCCCUGAGCUUGAAGCCUUUGAGAAGUAUCUCCCCAGUGACGUCGAGAUAUUAUCGUGCCACUCACUCCACGGACCAAAUGUCAACCCCAAGGGUCAACCGUUGGUCUUGAUUCAACAUAGAGCAUCAAACGAAAGCUUGAAGUUCGUUGAAGAGAUCUUCAGGUCCUUCCAAUCCACAUACGUCUAUCUCAGUGGAGAAAUGCAUGAUCGGAUUACCGCAGAUACCCAAGCAGUCACGCACGCUGCGUUUCUAAGCAUGGGAACAGCAUGGCAUGCAAACAGCCAAUUCCCAUGGGAAGUUCCCCGUUAUGUUGGAGGGAUCGAGAACGUUAAAAUCAACAUCACACUGAGAAUAUAUGCAAACAAAUGGCAUGUGUAUGCUGGUCUUGCCAUUCUCAACCCUGCUGCCAAAAAGCAGAUCAGACAGUAUGCGGAAUCAGUAACGGAGCUGUAUAAGCUGAUGUUGGGUGGACAUCGGGAAGAGUUGACAAAGAGAAUCAAGACUGCUAGAGCUGCUGUGUUUAAGAGCAAUUCAGCAAGGCAAGAUCUAUUGCUCCAAGACAACGUCCUUGAUAGAUUUUCUCUAUCAAAAGGAGGCACAGAGAGGAUGCCGAAUAAUCACCUAAGCCUACUUGCCAUCGUCGAUUGCUGGUGGAAACUAGGGAUAGUCCCUUAUGACCAUAUGAUUUGCUCAACUCCUCUCUUCCGUCUCUGGCUAGGAGUUACAGAGUACUUGUUUCAGAACGAAGAACUUCUGGACGAAGUGAUUGACACCGCUAUAGAGGACAACACAUUCCGCUCUGAUGACCUUGAAUUUACCUUUGCAGCUCGAGUCAGUUAA